UUAAAACACCCAGAAAGAAGACUAAUAAAGCAAUAAAGAGAUGGAUGAAGACUUUCUUCCUGAGUCGGAGCGUCUGCUGACAUUUGUGAGGAAACUCAAAGAGGUGUUUGACGCGUGUGACGAGGACUCAGACGGGUUUAUCCGCCCUGAACACUUUGUGCAGUUGGGUUCCCAGUUUGGACAAACGGAACAGGUGAAGAAGUUGGCCAAAUGUCUGGACCCCGACUCUCAUGGGAGAAUCAACUUCAAAGACUUCUGCUGCGGCGUUCUCACCAUGAAAGGUUAUGUGAGGCUCCUUAAAAAGAAAAGUGGGCCACAGUUCAUCACAGGGCCGUAUGAGACAGCUAAGAGUUGCUAUCGGACACACAGUCUGGAAUGUAGACAAGGCCCCGCAGAGUCCCACCAAUGACAGUCAAGGACACACCGCCACGCAGCAGACAUGAUUAUCUAUAUUCAAACUUUCUGAGAACGUUUGUGACCUUCCCGCCAUGUUGACUGGAGCCAACCAGCUAAACGGUACACUAAAAUACGUUUCUAAAAACAUUUGAGGCGAGUAAUAAACAAUGCGGAAACAGAAACUUGAUGAAGAGAAUAGACUUGUAUUGUAAACUCUCAGAGAAAAGUAGACCAGUGGUUUAUGCUGGACAGUAAGUGUCCAUGCGUGUUUGAAAGAGAUAAAUAACACUGUCCUCCCGGGAAGAACGACGGCAUCAGUUGUUUCAGCAGGUGCCUUGAAAUGACAUGUUUACAUUCAAAUAACGACGCUGUAUUAAUAAUGACGGGAACAAAGAAGGAAGCCAGCUGACGUUGUUACCGAGCAACAAAGUCCACAUAAGGAGGAACCCUAA